GGAGUAGAAAUGAAGUCCUGGGAACAUACGGAGUACUUUCUGCAUCCUCAGUAGUUUAAAUAGUAGUUUUCUGGUUUCUAAUCUCUAACUCAACAAAAAAAAAAUCAUCCUUGUUACUAUCAUUAAUGGAGAAUUUGAGAUCUAAAUCAACAAGAGAAGGAGGCAACUGGCGGCAGCCUAGUGGUUUCCCCCCAACAAGCAGCAGGAAUGAUUUCAGAAGUUACAGCACUUCAUCUUAUGCUGCUAAUAACAACAACGAGAAUGAGGAAGUGAAAAGGAAGACAGCGAAGAGAAGCAAGAGCAAAGUCGUCGUAUCACCGUUAUCGUCUCAGAGCUUUCGUGAAGCAGAAGAGCAGAGGAAAAAGAGAGUUGAGAGUUACCGGGCUUUCGCUAAGGACGGGAAGGUGAAGGGCUCUUUCAGGUGGAUCAAAGCUCAUUUGUUCUCUGCCUGCAGGUGUUAGUGGUGUACUCCUCCACUACAUGAGUGUAAUAUAUUCUAUAUAAAGAAUAGAAUCUCUGAUCUAAAUAAUUCAUCUAUAUAUCCUCAUCUCUUCCUCUAUAAAGAAUAGAAUCUCUGAUCUUAAUAAUCCAUCUAUAAAUCCUCAUCUCUUCCUCUGUAUUACUAUAUAUUACUCCC